AUGGACCCGGUCGCGACCAGCGUUGAGGACGCAGCCGCCCUCGGCAUCCAGCUAUCCCAGGACCUGUUUCUUCUUGCAUCCGAGAUCCGCAGCUUUGAACAUCAGAUCAACCGCAUCGCACAAGCGUUCACCAACCUCAAUCUGGCGCUUGCCGACCUGAGCUUAGCUCUCCAGUUGCAGGACCAGCGAAUAUGUCUGUCCCAGGCCUUUUUGGCACACAUCAGUGCCCUCGUGAGCCGGAUCCACCGUGUUCAGACUUCUUUCCAGUCCCAGCUGCGUGAGAGCAACAGCCGCAAGCGAAGCAAAAAGGGCACCAGCAAGCUGGACCGCCUCAUAGCCCUCUUUCCUGGCUCCGAUGCUGCCGACCGUCUGACCGAGAUGGAGUGGAUGAAGAACACGCUUGCUCUCGCCGCUACCACUAUCCGCUUGUCUACUGUACAGGCAAGGUCCGUAUCCUGCUUCCUUAGGCCUCUCCUUCUCGCUCCUCCCCUUGUCUUUGUCCUGACCUUCGUCGUCUGCAGUCCCGCAGAUACAGGUGCUGGCGCAUCGGUACGCCGAAGAAUUUACCAGACCACGGCUGAGACGCUUUGCCAGGCUGUUAUCACCUAUGUACGAGAAAUCGACGACGCCUUGGACGACGAUGCAAGUGACGACGAUGAGCCAUCGGGCCCCGGUCUCCUGCUUUUCUCUACGGCCCAGAAGGACAGAGCGAAGGGCCAACCGUCGGAAAAUUUGGACGCCGCAGACUGGAUAUACAACUUCAUCCAUAGCCACCUGAGUCCUGCCGAUUCAGAACCGGCCCCGUUGGUCCAUCUCCCCGCCACAACGGUCAGCUGGCUUCUGCAGGAGGCUGUGUAUGUACCUGAAGAUCAAUCGCAUCCCCAGGCUGUCGACGAACAGGAACAGGCGGCACCGGCUGUGGAAGCUGAGGACUCCAUCGCACCUCUUGUCAUGCCACCACCUGUCACUUCACCGCCUGUCGCUGUACCACCCAUCUCUCAGGUUCCAGGCUCGAAGAAAAAGAAGGGCAAGAACAAGGCUGGAUUGUCCCGGCCCGUCCUGGCUGAAAGUGUCGGUAAACCCACCCUGAAAGAUGCCCCCGAAGCUCCGAUAUUGGGGCCUAGUGAGAAAGGCGGGGAGGUGCCAGUUCUAAAAGAGACUGCUACCCAAGGCCGUAAUAGGGUGACUUUGGAGAACAUCCAUGAAGAGAUUCAUGAGGAGGUCCAGAGGGAGGUUCAGAAUGCUGUUUACGAAGAGACCCGUAAGGAGACCAUUAAGGAUGCCCGCCAAGUGGUGCACAAUAACGUGGCGGAUGAAAAGGAGGCGACAGACAGAUUUUUCGACGUUGAACCCACGAUUCCUGAAACGCCCAAGGCGUCUGAAAUGGCAAACAGGCCCUUCCAAGGGCAUAAUGAAAGACUCGAAGAGGAUGAUCUUCCACCUCCAUAUCCCAAUUCCGACGACAAUUUCUUCGUCAGCCCUGGUCCUUCCACAAACAGCUACGGCUCAUCGCCUGCUUCAUCGUCGCCAUAUCAGACAUCGGGCACCUAUGGCGAUUACUCUGACAUGGCAACCUACAUACCGGGGCAGCCCGGUCCCUUCUUCCAGCCGGCUGGUUUCAAUAUUGUGCAGCAAUCGUACCACCGCAAGAACGACAACAGGUCCAAACAAUCUCAGGCUUAUGAAGAGGACAACACCCGAGGGAUCAACCGCCGGGCUUUGCACGGCCAGCGCAAGGACAAGUCAGCCGAAGCUCCGUUUCGUGGAGGCGUCAUGCCGCCAAGAAAACAGUUGGCUGCCGGCCCCGUCUCAGACAGCGAGGACUACGAUGACAGGCAACUUGAAAAAGUACUACGCUACCCCGAGGUAGCCUCUGGGGGUGGAAACUUGGAGAUCAGCAGGCGCCGACAGCCCAGGAGGGUCAAUAGGAGGUCAAGGUCGGACAGCGACGAACAAGAUGACAUCAGCAGUGCUUACGGUCUGAACGGGCACGAAGAUGAGAGCCAAGGCAGCGACAGGUCCGAUGGUGGCACCGAGAUUAUCUUCCACUCUCCGGUCUCUUCAGCAGCCGCUAGUGUUGGCAACGGCACCAGCGGAAACCGGAGGAGAAAGAAGCACGCAAACACCAACACGACCCGAGGUGCGGUUUCUUCGCAGCACUCGGCACCGUCGUCGAUGUCAGAAUCCCCGCCACCCACUCCGCCGACGCCACCUACACCAUCCCCCGCACCAUCCAACCUGAGCAGCGGCAGCUCGAGAAGCAGUCAUGAGACAGAUAGAUACAGAGACACGCACGGCACUGAAGACGGUAGAUCGAAUUGGGACGACAGCGAAUCACAAUUCUCCCCAGAGCCACAGAGAAUGUAUCCGCCAUCACCACCAUCGCCUGUUCAUCCGCCCGAGCCACCGCUCUCGAAGGCGGCAGCAAUGCAGCCACCUCCGGCGUCGCGGAAGGGCCCUUUCUUCCGCCCACCACAGCCUCAGCAACAGAACAUGCCAGGACCGAAUCCAUUCUCACCACGCCGCGGUCGAGGCAGCAGCGCCAACGUUCCGCCGAACAUGAACAUGGGCAUGAAUAUGGGUCCGGGUAUGAACAUGGGUCCUGGGAUGAAUAUGGGCCCUGGGAUGAAUCUGGGCUCUGGGAUGAAUCUGGGCUCUGGGAUGAAUAUGGGCUCUGGGAUGAACAUGGGCCCGGGUAUGAAUAUGGGCCCGGGCCUGAACAUGGGCCCAGGGGUGAAUAUGGGCCCAGGCUUGAAUAUGGGUCCAAGCAUGAACAUGGGAGGAGGUAUGGGAAUGGGCAUGGGAAUGGGUGUACCAUUUGGCGCCAACGAGGCGCCAUGGGUUCCAGUCUGGAGCGAUGCUGGUCCUCCUGCAACACCCUUCAUGGCGGGACCAAUGCCGCCUAACAGCCCUGGCUUUGGCUAUGGAUAUGGUUUCGGGAGCAACGGCGGUCAAAAUUGGAUGCACGCCGAUCCCAUGGCUCCUCCUCCGAGUGGUGGUGGCGGCGGUGGUGGCGGGCCGUGGGGCUCGCGAGCUGGUGGCAUGUACAAUGGACCAGACCGGGGACAUGCCGUGGAUGACGAUGACUACGGCCAUGAUGGUGGGCCGCAGCCGCAGCGACCUUAUACCGGCCAGAACUGGAAGUCUCGUGGUCCGGCCGUUCCAGGUGGCCGAGAUGGACGAAGUAGCAGCGAUACCGGUCAACAUAGACAGCGCCAGCGACCAGGGCCUCCGUCGUUUGGAUCGAGACCAGACGACGAUUGGCGGCACAGCAGAGCGGGAAGCAGCGAUAGCCGUGGCAGCGGUGGUGCUGCGUUCCCCCAGCAUGGCUCGUUUGGCCGCGACGGUGGUCGAGACAGCGCGGGCUGGAAUGACGCAUACCACCCGGACGACGAGCGCUGA